AUGCACAACCUGAUAGCUACUGGCUUGGCAACAGUCUCAAGUCACUGCUCUCUCGUCAGUUUUUUGUUUUUAGGACAGGAGAAUAAUUGCCCCUCCAAUGUUUUGGAAUUGGCCAGCGUGGAACUAGACGGUCUCAAGGCCAAUGGCCCCACCUAUCAUUCUUUCCCUCCAGCUUGCCACGCUCUACUGAUGAACAUUGAAGGAAACAAUCGAUGUAUUGACUGCGGAGCCAACAAUCCACAAUGGGCCACUGUGACCUAUGGAGCGCUGCUCUGUCUUAAAUGUAGCGGUAUGCAUCGAUCGCUGGGAGUGCAGGUCUCUUGUGUGAGGUCUGUUACCAUGGAUGAUUGGUCAUUGCAAGAUGUGCUUACAAUGUUGGAAGGGGGAAACGGUCAAUUGCGAACAUUUUUCACAAGACACGCUCUUUGCGAGAACACUGCUCAUGACAAACCAGGAAAGGUCAUCAAUUCAGAGAAUGUGACUCUGAUGCGCUACAAAACGAAAGCAGCGCUCUUUUAUAAACAACAAUUGGAUCUGCAUGUAGGGAGAGUACUUCAAGCAUUACCGUACCGAGGCAGGGAACAUUCACGGGGGUUAAAGAAUCAUCAACAGAGACCGCUCUCGAAAGCAAACUCGACAAUUUGA